AACGAAAAUUCUUACAGAUUACACGUCUUGUUCUUAAACGUAAAUAUAUCCUUUUCCAAGCAUCAAAAUGGUUAGGGAGAACAAGGCAGCAUGGAAGUCUAAUUACUUCACAAAAGUUGUGACAUACCUCGAUGAAUAUCCAAAAUGCUUCAUUGUCGGCGCAGACAAUGUUGGAUCGAAGCAAAUGCAACAGAUCCGUAUUUCACUUCGUGGACUUGCCGUUGUUUUGAUGGGUAAGAACACUAUGAUGCGUAAAGCAAUUCGUGGACAUUUGGAGAACAACCAAGCACUUGAAAGACUCUUACCACACAUUCGUGGUAAUGUUGGUUUCGUUUUCACCAAAUUGGACUUGAAUGAAGUUCGUGAAAAGUUGCUCGAAAACAAAGUACGUGCUCCAGCCCGUCCAGGAGCAAUUGCACCAUGCCCCGUCAUCAUUCCAGCUCAAAACACUGGUUUGGGUCCAGAAAAGACCAGUUUCUUCCAGGCUUUGUCUAUUCCAACAAAGAUUUCAAAGGGUACGAUUGAAAUUAUCAAUGAUGUCCCUAUUUUGAAGCCAGGUGACAAAGUUGGUGCUUCAGAAGCUACAUUGCUCAAUAUGUUGAACAUCUCUCCAUUCUCAUAUGGUCUCGUUAUUGAACAAGUUUAUGAUUCAGGCAGUAUCUUCUCACCAAACAUUCUUGACAUUAAGCCAGAAGAUUUGCGCUCUAAAUUCCAACAAGGUGUUGCAAAUGUUGCUGCUCUUUCAUUGGCUAUCGGAUAUCCAACAAUCGCUUCAGCUCCACACUCUAUUGCCAAUGGAUUCAAGAACUUGUUGGCUAUUGCCGCCGUUACUGAUGUUGAAUUCAAGCAAGCUGAAACUGUCAAGGAAUUCCUUAAAGAUCCAAGCAAGUUUGUUGCUGCCGCUGCUGUUGCUGCUCCAGCUGCUGCUGCUGCCCCAGCUGCCGCUAAGGCUGAAGCCAAGAAGGAAGAAUCAGAACCAGAAUCUGAUGACGAUAUGGGAUUCGGUCUCUUCGAUUAAACAUCUAAAUCAUAAAAUUCCAUCAAUUAUUGGUCACCCAAAUGUUUCGAUCCAACAUUGUAAAAUCUUUUUAUCACUAAAUGCAUGAAGAAUUGUAAAUACUCGUCGGGAAAACUAAUGGCGACUUACAAUUUUGAUUGCAUAAGUAAGCAAAAGAGAAGAGCGAAAAAAAGUCAACAUUCCUCUUUUUAACACCAUCAAAUAAUAAUUAUGUAUCUUGUUGCCUGAAGACCGGCAAUUUUUAAAUUAAAUGAAAUGAAAUAACGUUUAAUUUAAUAAAAGUGACC